AUGGGCCGCACACUUAAGCGACGACGACUGUUUCCUGACAGCUAUUCCUGUACUACAGACUUCGUUAUUAGUUCAAGCCCGUCGCCAGAAGAUACGCUACCCGAAUAUGACCUUGAGGAAGCUAUCCGUAUGUUAGACAACGAACCAGGUCAGAUCGAAAAACGCAGCUACAGCCAGCAUCUACUCCUCCAGAUCGCGGAAGAAGACCCCGCGAUAGCGACCAAGAUCCGGAAAUCACUACACGAGCACAAGGGCAAAGACAUCAGCUUCCAGCGACUCAUCUCCGGGGUUGACGGCAUCGAAGGUUGUAUACGCAGAGCCGCAGGUGGUUUUAUGUACCAAAGCGAUGACGAAUGCUACAGAGAGUGA